AUGAGCAACGAUUCGGUUAAGAGUGAAGCCAACGACUCGGAUUUCUUCUCUCCAUCGCCGAAAACAUUCACAACUGAUAUUAACAUGUUUAAUGGAUCUUUUGACAGUAAGAAAGCACAUCAAGGAUUCGAAAACAUUUCAAAUAACAUCAAAAAUUUCAGCUGGGUUCGCUCCAAACUUAUCAUUGUUCGAUUUCGUUCAAUUUCGUCAACCAAAUGUCUUCUCACCACAACCACUAAUCAAUGUAAGUUUCGAAAAUCAAUCAAUCAAUAAAAAACGCUUUUUCCAGGAGUCCAAACUUUUCCAACCAAUUGGAAACUGUCGUUUGUCUGCGGCUCUCAAUCCCUUGACUCCAAGCAAUCGCAACAAUUUUUCCACAUCUUUGGAGUUCCGCGAAGUCGUUGAUCGUCUUCCCGAUUUGACUUGCCAAGAUGAAAGUUUCGCCAGUUUCCAAAAUCAAAACAACUCGUUUGUUGGCAAUUUUUCGAGCGCAGUUCGUUCAACUCGUCUUCUUCCUGCUUGGGCUGUCGAUGAAAACAAUCAUAUUCGUGGCGAUUUAACAAUCAUUGAUGUUAUUCGAAAUGGAUCAUUGAUUGAUUUCGCAAUGGAUCGCACAGGAGUCAAGUUUUUGGAGAAGAACUAUCCAACUGAUGCAGAAAGUGAUGUUCAUCGCUUGUUGUUCGAAAAAUUGACUGAACAACCAGCAGUUUUCAUUGUAAGUUGUUUGGAAUUUGGAAUUUCAAACAUUCAAAUCAAUUUUUUCCAGGGUUUGUGUCGCAGUUCCGCUGGCAACUUCAUUGUUCAAAAGUUCGUCGAAUUUUCAACAAUUCGUGAGCAAGAACAAUUAGUUCGCACAAUGGUUGAUAGUGGAUUAUUCAGCAUGUGUUUGGAUAAAUUCGCAUGCCGUGUUGUUCAAUUGGCAAUUCAAAAGUUCGAUGUAACUGUCUCGACACUUCUUGUCUCCGAAAUCAGUCAACUCGAUCUUAUGCCACUUUGCACUGAUCAAUGCGCAAUUCAUGUCAUUCAAAAAAUCGUCAAAACAAUGCCAAUCAAUUCAUGGAGUUUCUUUGUCAAAUUUCUUUGUCGCGAUGACAAUUUGAUGACUGUUUGUCAAGAUAAAUACGGUUGUCGACUUGUUCAACAAACAAUCGAUAAAUUAUCGGAUAAUCCAAAAAGCCCAUGUUUCAACACUCGUUCACAAUUAUUACACGGUUUGAUGACAUCGGUUGCUAGAAAUUGCUAUCGUUUGGCAUCAAAUGAAUUUGCCAAUUAUGUUGUGCAAUAUGUAAUUAAAUCAAGUGGAAUAAUGGAAAUGUAUCGAGAUUCGAUCAUUGAGAAGUGCCUUCUUCGCAAUCUUCUUUCAAUGUCUCAAGAUAAAUAUGCAUCGCAUGUUGUUGAAGGAGCAUUCUUGUUUGCUCCACACAAAUUGUUGAAUGAAAUGAUGGAUGAAAUAUUUGAUGGAUAUGUUAAAGAUUCGGAAACAAAUCGAGAUGCGCUGGAUAUUCUUCUUUUCCAUCAAUAUGGAAAUUAUGUUAUUCAACAAAUGAUUUCGAUUUGUAUUUCGGCUUUGUUGGGAAAAGAAGAACGCAAAUUGAAUCCAACUGAUCUUCGAACUUAUGCCAAAUGGUUUGAACGCAUCAAACUUCGUGUUAAUCGCCAUGCAGCAAGACUUGAAAGGUAUAUUUUAGAGGGUUUGCACAGACGCCAAAAAUCAAAAUGUAUCUAAAUAUUUUUCGAAUGUUUCGGCUGUUGCAUUUAGGUCACGCCACGGAAAUUUUUAAUUUUUGAAAAAUUUCAUUAAAUUGUUUUUAAAUUUAGAAAAAAAACAUAAUAUUUUCAGAUUCUCAUCUGGAAAGAAGAUAAUCGAAUCAAUUCAAAAGAUCAAUUCAAAUGCAACACCAUUCCAACUUCCAUCAAUUUUCAAUCCAACUGCACCUGAAUCAAUUUGGUCACUUCCACCAGUUCAAAAUGCAACAAAUCUUCUCGAUGUUUCCGCACAUUUUAAUAAUCAUCAAUCAGUUUUUGAUGAUUAA